GCACAUACAUGGCGGGAAUUCGAGACUUCAGGGUCACUUUUUCCCUAGUGUUUGUUAAGAAGUCACUUCAUAUGACUUUACUACUUGGUUUAAUAAGCUUUCAUAUGAUUAAAUAGUUUCAACGGGCUUCGUACUUUGCAUAAUUUCCAUCUCGUUUUAGUCGAUUACCGUAUGGUAUGCAAUAUUACCUAUGGUUGUCGACCAAACAUCGAGACUUGAUAAAACAUCUGCUGGCGAAGAUCUAGAAACUCAAUCUGAGAAGGUUCUUGUUGAAGAUGUUUCACAAGAAACAGUGUCUAUCACUAUCUCAGAAUCACUCACAGAUGAAACAGAUGCCUCUACAACUAUAAAUUCACAAUCAACCAAUCAUGAGAAUAAAUCAGAAACACUUCAAACAUUUACACGUUGUAAAAGUCCAACUAAUAAUAACAAUUCAUUAAGUAGUUCAUCUAAUGCAACAUCUAUUGAAUAUUCACAAACAUCAAGUCCAGGUGAUUCUGGUCGUCGACGUUUAGUACCAGAUUUCAAUAUAGAUGAUUUAUUAUUAAUAUCUGAAUUAGGUCGUGGUAAUGGUGGAAUUGUAACAAAAUUACAACAUAAAUCAUCUGGUACAUUUUUAAUUAGAAAAACAUUUGAAUUAGAUGUAAAAACUACUACAAGAGCACAGAUUGUUAGAGAUUUACAAGUCCUUUGGGAGUGUAUAUCACCACAUAUAAUUGAAUUUCAUGGAGCAAUACAUUCUGAAUGUUUAAUAAGUAUAUAUAUGGAGUAUAUGGAUGUUGGUGGAAUGGAUUUACUAUUGAAAAUGGUAGGACGUUUCCCUGAACCAAUUUUAAUUCAUAUUGCUGAUUCAGUUGUAUCAGGUCUACUUUACCUCUGGCAAGAGUUGCAUAUGUUUCAUCGUAAUUUGAAACCAUCCAAUAUACUCAUUAAUCGUGCUGGUACUAUUAAAUUAUGUGAUUUUGUCGUCAGUUUGCAGCUGAGUGAAUAUGUAGCUUCUGGAUUUUUAGGAUUCUCCACUUACAUAGCACCUGAACGUCUGGCAGGUGAACUAUUCAGUGCAGCUAGUGAUAUAUGGAGUCUUGGAUUGACAUUAAUGGAAUUAGCUAUUGGACAAUAUCCAAUCCCAUCUAUUGAUCCAGUUGAUUUUGUACGUGCAUUUGCGCCAGAUCAAGAAACAAACAUGCUUGAACAUUUUAGAGCUGCAAAAACUGGUGAAUUAUUACCUGCACUUACAGAUCCAAAAAGUCGAUCAACUAUUGGUAUGUACAAUUUAUUUACCUAUAUUGUAGAACAACCAGCUCCACGUUUACCAGUAUAUUGUUUCUCAUCUGAAUUUAUAUAUUUUAUUCAUUCAUGUUUACAAAAAGAUGCUAAUGAUCGUUUAUCUAUUGAAAUUAUUCAUAGACAUUUUAUUCCAGAAUUAAUUAAACUUACUUGUCCUCAUUCAAAUCAUAAUACACUUCGACCAAUUUUUAUUGAUAGUUGUUUAAUUAAUUAUUUACGUGGUGUAUUCGCUCGUCAACAAGCUGAAGCAAUUGAUGCUGUUGCAUUAGCUGUUGGUGAAGAUUUUGAUUCUAUUGAUACUGAUUUUGAAGUUACCACUAUGUUGGAUUCAGUAUAGAUCUAUUGUAAUGGUUCACUUUGUCCUAUAUGUGUAUAUAUAUAUUCUAGUGAAAGUAACUGAGACACACACACACAGAGAGAAAACUUGAGUAAUACAGAGAAAAGCUAAAUUAGUGUGCCAAAAUGUAAUAAGUAUUAAAGUGAAAUCUUUUAAUUUAUUUCUGUGAUCUUUAUUGGAACUUUUUUUAAACCCUCCCCCGACUGAACGUUUCCUUUUCUUAAUUGGAUGUCUUCAUUCUAUUCAUGAUAUUUAUUUAUUCGUUGUUUAUUCUAAUGUUUUCUCCUGCAGCUUCGUAUCUUUUCCUAAUAUUUUCCUCUAUAAUUCCCAAAGAAUUAUAGAAUGAGGUUUCCCCUUUUUGUUUCAUUUACGUGUUUACAUUUUCUCAUGUGUUGUAUACUACUGAUUAACUGUUAUAAGUAAUAAUCAUAAUAAUAAUCAAAUGAUGAUCUUGUUUUGCUGUGUAUGUGUAUAUUUAUACAAAAAGAUAUGAUAUACAAAUUAAAUAUGUUUAUUUACAUAAUUCAUCUGAUAUUUAUGUUGUUAUGUUCACCUAUUACAUGGCUACUGAAAGAAAAACAAACAAAAACAAACAUACAUAUUCCAAUUUAAUAUUUACGGUUUAUCACUAAAUACUUCAAUAUUAUAAUAAUGAAUGAUUGGUAAUCAUAGCCACAUAGGUAUUUAUAUGAAUUAAUGAGUGUUUCAUAACUAUAUACCUACCUUAGAGUGAUGAAACUUCUUUUGGAUAAUAUUUCCACCUUCUAUACUUCUUAUCAAAACGAAUCAUUUGGGUUCUUGUAAACUUAUCAAACCAUGUAAAUCAUGUAAAGUAUUUUUUAGUUGAAUAAAAGACUAUUGAGAACUGUAUUGUUCCCCAUAUUUUUCCAUCGUGUAAUCAAAAACAAACAAGUAAAAAAACAAAGAAAACAAACUUUUGUCUUUGUAUUCAAAUUUCAUGGCUUUUGUUUUUCUAUUUGGAUUUAUAUUUUCCUAAAUAUUUUUCUCUUUAUUACAAAUGCACACAUUUUGUGAGUAGAUCUAUAAUGCUUGAUUUACUAAUGGAAUUUUUUUUUAUAUAUUUGGAAGAAAAUAUACAAGUGAUAUUGAUUUGUGUGAGUUUUUGGAUCUUCUUGUAGGUUUAUGAUUGUUGAAAUGCGUAGCUGUUGAUAAAGAUUAUGUUUGUAAAAUAUUCUUGAUGUUUU